AUGUCUUCAUCUAAAUCUUCAGUUGCUUUAAAAGCUACUGCAGAAAUAACUACUAUCCUCGAUUUAAAUGAUGAUUGCUUGCUAAAUAUAUUCAAAUACCUAUCUAUACAGGACGCCUUCAAUAUUUUAGGUUGUUUUGACUCGAGGAUCGAUGACGUCGCCCUUACCCGUAUAGCUGAUCUCAAGAAUUUAUGCUUUUCGCUACGCGAAGCACCCAAAUUUAAGCGAUGGCAAUUACAAAUAAUCGGACAGAAUUUAGAAAGCAUUUGCAUUAGUGCCGGCUAUAUGUUAUCAUCGCAAAUGUCUCUGAAUUACCUACAAAUACUUCUGAGUUCGUCUAAUUCAAAACCACGCCUGCAUGAGCUUACCAUAAAUUAUGUAAAAUUUAACGAUGACUAUUUGGACUGCGUUCUCAACGUUGUUUCUAAUAUAAAGUACCUGGAUUUGAGUUUCUGUCAGCUAAACGAUGAGCUUUUAUUGCCAAUUUUGGAACGAGCUGAAAAAUUGCAAAUAUUGAAAUUAAUAGCAAAUUAUAAUUUAGAAUGCAAGUCGUUGCACCACAUACAGUCCCCACACUUAAAUUUUGUCGAAUUGGAAAUGAAUCUGCGAUGUGGUAUUGAAGUUAAGAAAUUCAUAGCCGAACAUGUUAACGUGAAUGUUGCCGUGCAUUCGCCCAGUCGUUUAAGUUACAUAACAUAUGGACCGAACAGAAAUGAAAACGAAGGAAACGACGAAACUAUUUAAAAAAUUAUUUGCUCUUAAAUGGCAACUGAUCUCACUAAAUUAUGAACUUGCACUUUGUGCAUUUGCUUUAAAUAUUUUUUCAUAUCUUUCUCUGUUUCUUUUAUCACAAGUCCUUUUGUCUCGCCAAAUUGUCCCAAAAUGUAAGGUGUAUGAGCCUUUUACAAAAGGU